CUUCCGUCUCGUAGUAAAGGGGCCGAGCUCACAACAUCAGAACAAAUCCUUCUAGUUUAAGUUGUUUGACCACGGGGUGAAAAUUUUUGAAUUGACGAUGCAGAAGAUCAAGUCGCUUAUGGCCCGACAGGGCCUGAAAAGCCCCCAAGAAAGCAUGGCAGACCUUAGCCCUGUGGAGAACCUGAGGAUUCCCAGCAAGGAAGAGCUACGGGAGCUGAGGGAGCAGCCUAUCGACCCCCAGGCAGAACAGGAGAUCAUUGAUGGCAUCGAGGAGGUCUUCUUCUCCAGCGACUCAUUUGAUAUGGUGCAGCACGAGCUGGAGAAGCUCCCACCUGAGCUGAACCUGCAAGAGCUGGAAGAGUACAGAGACAAGUUGAAGAGACAGCAGGCAGCGGUCUCGAAAAGGGUCGCCGAUCUCAUUCUCGAGAAACAGCCCGCAUAUGUCAAGGAGCUGGAGAGAGUGACGGCAUUGCAAACCAACCUACAACUAGCAGCAGUCAUUUGCACCAACGCAAGGAGGCAGCUGAGUGUGGCAAAGGAGGGGUUCACUGAGGCCAGCCUGGGCCUGUUAUCCAAUCAGAAGAGACGUCAACUGCUGACAGGCCUGCUCAAGUCAUUGAGGACCAUCAAGACCCUGCAAAGAACAGAUGUAAGACUCAGUGAGAUGCUUGAGGAGGAAGAUUAUCCUGGUGCAAUUCAGCUAUGUCUGGAAUGUCAGAAGGCUGCCAGCACCUUCAAACACUACAGCUGCAUCAGUGAACUGAAUUCCAAACUACAAGACACUCUCGAGCAAAUAGAGGAGCAGCUGGAUGUGGCCCUGUCGAAGACUUGCAAGCACUUUGAUGUUUCGCACUACACCAAGGUCCAACAGGCCUACACGCUGCUGGGCAAGACACAGACAGCCAUGGACCAGCUGCACAUGCACUUCACCCAGGCUAUUCACAACACAGUAUUCCAGGUGGUCCUGGGCUACGUGGAGCUUUGCGCCGGCAACGCUGAUACCAAGUUCCAGAAGAUGCAAUACAAGGACCUCUGCACACAUAUCACCCCGGACAGCUACAUACCCUGUCUGACAGACCUGUGCAAAGCAUUGUGGGAAGUGAUGCUAAGCUACUAUCGCACCAUGCAGUGGCAUGAGGAACAUGACAAAGAGGAGGUCUCACCCACCCCAGAUGACUCGGCGGCAGUGGCAGCAGAGUCCGAUGAGCUGGUGGUGGACCACAGCUAUGUGAAGAAGAAGUUGGAGCAUGGCCUCACGCGGAUCUGGCAGGAUGUUCAGUUGAAGGUGAAGGCGUACAUCCUGGGGACGGACAUGUCCAACUUCAAAUACGAUGACUUCAUAGUGGUGCUGGAUGUGAUCAGCAGGUUAAUGCAGGUGGGAGAGGAGUUCUGUGGCAGUAAGUCCGAGGUGCUGCAGGAGUCCAUCAAACGCCAGAGUGUCAACUACUUCAAGAACUAUCACAGGGCACGACUGGAGGAGCUACGAAUGUUUUUGGAAAACGAGACUUGGGAGCUCUGCCCUGUUAAAUCCAACUUCAACAUCACCCAGCUCCACGAGUUCAAGUUCAUGGGCCAGUGUCGUUCCCCAUCCGUGUCCCCCAGCAGACAGGCUGUGUCCGCGACCAGCCCGGCUCAGGAUGAGCUCUCUCUCUUCCAACUUUUCCUCCAGGAAGGCAACCCCUUUGAGAUGCACAUUGAGCAAAAGGAGGAGGAGACAGAGGAUGUGCUGGCAUCUAAUGGGUAUGAGUCCGAUGAGCUGGAGAAGAGUGUGUACCAGGACUAUGACAGUGACAGCGAUGUACCGGAGGAGCUCAAGCAAGACUAUGUGGAUGAGCAGACUGGCGACGCGCCUCUCAAGAGCAUAUCCCGAGAGACCAUAAGGAGCAGGAAGAAGUCAGACUACAGCCUUAACAAGAGCAACACUCCAAUCCUCACCAACACUACUCUCAACGUCAUUCGGCUCGUUGGCAAGUACAUGCAGAUGAUGAAUAUUCUGAAGCCCAUUGCCUUUGAUGUCAUCCACUGUGUGUCUCAACUCUUUGACUACUACCUGUACGCCGUCUACACCUUCUUCGGACGUAAUGACAUGUAUGAGUCAUCGGGCCUGGGCCUUAUCAGCAGCAGACUGAGGACCACACUAAACCGUAUCCAAGAGAGCCUCAUUGACAUGGAGGCAGUGGGGGAGAACACAGCGGGCCACGGUUCGGGCGAGGACAGAAAGGAGAAGGUGCCUAGCCCACACCUCAGCCAGCUGGUGGUCCUCACGAACAGUGGAACGCUCUACGGGCUUGCUCAGAGAGUAGUGGCCACCGAGUCUCUGGCAUUUUUGGCUGAGCAAUUUGAUUCCCUCCAGUCCCACUUGGACACCAUGAUGCCUGCCGCCAAGAAGCCCUUCCUGCAGCAGUUCUACUCCCAGACGGUGUCUACCGCCAGUGAACUGCGAAAACCGAUAUAUUGGAUCGUGGCAGCCAAAGCCAUCGACUAUGAGCAGAUGUUGCUGAUGAUGGCUGGAGUGAAAUGGGACGUCAGGGAGAUAAUGUCACAGCACAACGUAUACGUUGACGUUCUGUUGAAGGAGUUUGAACUAUUCAACAAACGGCUCAGUGAUGUGUCCAGACAUGUGCGUAUCCCCUUGGCCGUGUCCAACGUCCUGUGGGAGCACUGCAUCCGACUAGCCAACAGGACUGUUGUUGAGGGCUACGCUAAUGUGAAGAAGUGUAGCAAUGAAGGCCGGGCCCUGAUGCAGCUGGACUUCCAGCAGUUCCUGACGAAGCUGGAGAAGCUGACGGACCUGCGGCCGAUCCCUGACAAGGAGUUUGUGGAGACCUACAUCAAGGCGUACUAUCUCACUGAGAACGACAUGGAGCAGUUCAUCAAGAAUCACAGGGAGUACUCCAUGAAGCAGCUUGCCAACUUGGUGAACGUGUGCUUGGGUUCCCACAUCAACAAAAAGGCCCGUCAGAAGCUCCUGGCGGCCAUCGAUGACAUCGAUAGACCAAAGAGAUAGAUGGAUAGUAAUACGAGACCCGUCCCAAAUAAACCCCCUGCCCGUAAUGGCAAACACUCCCACAGAAGGACAUCUAGUCACACGAGAGGGGAGCCCAGUGUAGAACAUCUAUGUUUUCAGUUUGUUAUUCACAUGUAAAGUAUGAAAUGCUUCAACAAGCAGGUAGUAAAUAUUGCUUGCUAACAGUGUUAGCAUCGGAGCUGUUAGGAAAAGAUGCUUCGUAAUUGUUUAAUUUCAACGUGGCUAACAUACAUUUGUCCCACAAAUGUAUGUUAGCCACGUUGAAAUUAAACAAUCAAAAAUACAUCUCAAACUGUUUGAUAGCCGUUGAUGGUUUGCAACUUGUUGGAUGCACCUCAUUAGAUGGGGGGAUUUAUAGUAAAUACUACAUUUGCCCACUAUCAAGCAUGUGACUGUUGCUCUGGGGAUAUUAGCCUACUAUAAUGCAUGUCAGCUGCUUACACGUUUUGCUGCAUUUUCUAUCUAACCAGAAGAAUUUGAGCUUCUCAUUAGCUCCACGAAAACACGAGGAAGAGCUCUCGGUUUUGGUUUUUGUCUUUUGUCAACAAAUGUGCUUACUUCCUGCCAACAAGCCCAAAAGUUAAAAAGGUUUAUUUUGUGGGAAAAACAAAAACAAACAUCCUUCAGCAUCUGCAGGCUAUCAUAUUAAGUAAUUACAGAAUGUAGUUGAGGUUAGCGUGACCCAUCGUCGACCCAGGAGACGUUUGAUGCUGGCUUCUCGUGCAAACAGUCGUAAAGUUCUGGACAUAUGAUUGAUUCUCUUCCCGGAGGUUGGGUCCAUAAACGACUGUGAUAUGUGGUGUCCUUUGAGCAUAUGUUAUAUGUUAUGACUUCAUUUGUUUGCUCUAUAAUAUUUCAGUUUAGGACAUUUACUUUUCCUGAGUGGAUGCUAGAUCUUUUUUUAUGUUCUGUUGAUUUGCUUCGCUCGCGAGUGAUGUAAUUCUAAUCUCUUUUAACGGUGAUUUUGAAAAUAGUACAAACAAUUAUCGGUGAAAUUAACAAAGUCUUUAGAAUGUAUCUGCACCGACUGAACUGGUCUGGUUGUUGUCUGUCAUUAUCUUAUGAAGUAAUUAUUUUCUUGUUGGGUGGCUUUGUGAAAGCUAUUGUGGUGAAAGUGAUAUACUGCUUAUCUUGCAACUUGAUGGCUGCCUCUCUUGUCGACCAGCAAAGUAUGGAUUUAUUUUUCAGCAAUUCCCUGGCUGUAUGAAGUCGAGAUUUGACCUUGUUUGUUUUUUGCACGUUCAUGGGUAAACUGUGCCUGACACCAAUGAAAAUGUUUCCUUCAAGGCCAACCAGCCCCCCCCCCCCCCAAAAAAAGUAGAUCUCCAUUAUUGAACCUUUAAGUCCUUGAAGGCAGAUUGAUUUGCUGUCGGAUGAGAGAGAGAAAAAAGUUUGCUCUAAUUCCAUUCCUUCUUUGUGCACAACUGUUUUAAGAAAACUACUGUAAAAUGUAAAUUUUGAACAUUGUCUAUUUAUUCCUUGCUCUUUGUGUCUCGUUUGGUUUUGGGUUUGUUUUUUGUUUUUUCCCCUCCCCAUGAUAAUUUCUGAGAGAGCGCUAUCAUCUGGUUCCUCUUGUGUACCCUGUAACCUGUCGACUGUAAAGGAGAGUAUGAAUAUUUGAACAUUGACAAACUGUUUAAGCUUAAGUGCACUGUCGUGAAAAUCGGUAAUCAGUGUUGGAGUUGUAAAUGAUUCAAACAUAAUAAACACA